AUGAACCCUGAGCUCGCUGAGCUGUCGGCGCGGUGCGCGGCGCUGAACUGCUCGGGCCUAUGCCUGCUGACGCCGGCGGAGGAAGGCGCGGGCGCGGGCGCGCGCUGCGCCUGCCCCGAGCACUGGGUGCUGGCGGCGGACGGGCGCUCGUGCGCGCCCAACUGCACGUCGGCGCACUUCGUCUGCGCCGCCGCGCUCAAGUGCAUCCCGUUCUGGUGGCGCUGCGACACGCAGGACGACUGCGGCGACGGCAGCGACGAGCCCGCGGCGUGCCCGCCCUUCCGCUGCGAGCCCGGCCAGUUCCAGUGCGACAGCGGGCGCUGCGUGCACCCGUCGCACAUCUGCGACGGCACGCCGCACUGCGCCGACGGCUCCGACGAGCGCGACUGCGACAAGUUCACGUGCCUGGCGUCGCAGUGGAAGUGCCGCGGCAACGCCACGGCGCGCGUGGCGGCGCGCUGCGUGGCGGCGGCGGCGCGCUGCGACGGGCGGCGCGACUGCCACGACGGGGACGACGAGGCGGCCUGCCCGCCGCGGACCUGUCCGCCGCACCACUGUAAUGAUGAUAUUCUAACUAAACAGUACUAUUUAUUCUAA